CAAAACUCGUCUCGUUGUCUGGUUUUCGCGAUUUGAUUCUACCGAAAAGCACGUCGCCGUCGUCGUUAUUCCACACCAAAUUUCGGAUUCAUGACUCGUCUCACGUCUACCCAUAUUCGUCAACUACACGCAUUGUUUUGUGUUUAAUCUGGCAAAUAAAAAAAAAAAAUAUCGAUCGGAAAAUUGUAUUUACAUUUUAGAAGUAAAUUCGUCUCCUGUUCGAAACAAAACGCAACCGGAGAGUCAUCCGAGUGUUGUAUAACAAAAAAAUUAGUUUGUUGCAGCAAAAAACACGUCUUUGCGAAAGAUAUAAAUCGAUUCUAUUUAUAAACAUUGGUUUUUCUUUCGAUCAAUCAGUUGGAAACUAAAAAAAAAUCUAAUUCCAAAGUGCUUUCAUAGAACAAAAGCAAAAUGGGAACCUUUUAUGAAUCACGCACUGUUUUCGAUUACAGCUGGAAACAAGUUGUGCAAGCUUAUUGGAACAGAUAUCCAAAUCCAUCAAGUUCACAUGUUUUAACAGAAGAUACAGUAUCUCGAGAAGUACGCGAUGGCAAACUCUAUUCAAGACGAAUACUCUCAAAGACAAAUCCAGUUCCUCGAUGGGGUGAACGAUUUGUCAAUACAAAUUCUGUUAAAAUCAUCGAAGACUCGGUGUUGGAUUUGAAGAAGAGGUCACUCGUAACAUUCUCAAGAAAUAUUGGAUUUAAAAAAAUUAUGCGUGUGGACGAACGCGUUGAAUAUCUCGAGCAAAAAGAUGGUACCACAAUUGCUAUCCGCACUGCAUUCAUCAGUUCGCAAGUGUUUGGUUUCUCGCGGGCAAUACGUGCGUUUGGAGUUGAACGUUUCAAAUCAAACUGCAACAAGGCAUCGCUUGGGUUCAAUCAUGUCCUUCGAAAUAUGUUUCCCUCUGCUCAUAAUCAUGCCAUAGAAGCAGCAAAAGUCAAGGAAAUUGCUCCAGCAAAUCAGACAUCAAUUUCAGUAGCACAGCAGGCAUCCAGUAAAGCAGAUAAACUCAAACGGGCCAGCAGAGCUAGCUAUGAAUUUGUUAAGGGUCAAGCAAGCAAACUGGCUCAGAUGUUCUCUGUGAAAAACUGAGGUCCAGUGGAAGAUUAAAAGAUAAUAAUCAUACAAAGGCACGUCAUUAAAUUGACUAGCUUUUAUACCUUUAUUAUAAUUUAGUCAGUACUCACUAAAAAAACUAAACAAAAAACCAAACGAUUUUUAUCAAGGCUCGAAGAGAACAGCAAUCAAAAGCAGCAAAAGUGUGUGUAUUUUUUAAAUCAACAGCAAAAAGAAAAUCAACAGCUUUUGUAAAAGGAACGAAACUGCCAAGAAAGACAAAUACGUCAUCGGCUCUAAUAACUAAAAGCGACAGUAGUUUGUCACCAAACAAUCUUCUCCCUUUCCUUAGCUUAGAGUUUAAAUAAUUCCAUUCCAGAGAAAUAAUUAAAAAUAGAUUUACGAAUAAUUGAGUAAAAGUUGAAUUUAAAAAAACAUUUACAAAAAUUGUUUCUUCAGAAAUCAGUUAAAUACAGAUUUUUAUCUUUAAAAUUAAUAUUCUAUAACUAUUAUAAUGCAAAUGUGGCGCUGGUCAAAAAUACAGACAUGUACUGUUAUGUAAUAUAUAUUUAAUUAGGUUACAAACAAAUUCUUUGUUAAAAUUUAUUUUAUUGUUUUCUAAAAUAUAAGAAACUAAAUGCGA